AUGGCUCCCAAACUCAUCCUCACGUACUUCGACAUGGCCGGUGCUGCGGAGCCAGUCCGCUGGGCAUUGGAAAAGGGAGGGCUCGAGUGGGAAGACAAGCGCUUGACCAGGGAGGAGUUCGGGGCGCUGAAGCCAGGUGUUUGUUCUAGCACCGCACUUGCACCGAUUGGGUGCACGCAAAGCAAAGCAGAGCGCUACUAG